AUGCCUAAGCCAAAGACGGAAGAGCCCGUGUUCUCAAGGCCGUUUUUCAAUGUAGCGGAUAAUGCUCCUCAUCCACCAGAACAAGCGAGUGCAACGGUCAUGCCUAAGCCAAAGACGGAAGAGCCCGUGUUCUCAAGGCCUUUUUUCAAUGUAGCGGAUAAUGCUCCAAGCACCGGCAUUCCCCCUCCCACCAUUCCCCCUCCUACUACGAUGCCGGUCCCUGACAAUGCCGGUUAUGACACCGACGAGACAAGGCCUCUUCUCGGUCGCUCAUCCUCGACGAUGGUUCCCGAUUAUGGUAAAGACCCUGAGCAUGAACCUGCCCACCCCGUCACCGUCUACUUCCAACCCGGCAACAGCUCCAUCUGGCCCACACCCGCUCGUAACUUCGAAGCGUUCGGAUGGAAGGAGAUUAUGCUCCCCGAUAGCAGCUUCUACUACUCUCACCCCGACUUGCACGUCACGACCGACAUCGAUAUGAGGAACUACGUGAAGAUGGAGGCGGUCACUGCGUAUCUUGGGGGACGUGAUACGGAUGAUCAAGGAGUUCUGCCUUCAGAGGGGUGGGAGUUGUGGCUGAAGGAUGCGGCAUUAUCGAAGGAUGAGUUCAUUCCUGGGAGGGCUUGGGUGAACCACGCCAAGCGUGUCAUUUCUCUUGAGAAGCCCGUUGUGGAGACGAGCGAGGUGCAUGUCUUUGACGAGAGCCGUCUCGACAUGGAGCAUCGAUACUGGUCUUAUAUCGAAGCACACCCAGCCCAUGCCCCUCUUCCCCCGAGUGCGGCGUCGGAGGCCAUCAACAUCUUACAAUGGUCGUACGCAGACCGUCUGCUUCCAUCUUCCAAGCUUGCACUUCCGCCGUUCAGUCAAGAGGAAUGCCAGGAAUUAAUGAGCUUGCUUCGGUCUCUUGAAGGUCCUGCGAAUCAGUACGACAUGCAGGCCGCCAUUCGCACCCGCAUGAUAGCCAAGAUCCUCCUCCGUAUCACGGCGUGGCGUUUGGGCUCUCCCAGUUCCCCGAAGGAUUCUUCAGCCGGCUCGUCGAAGACCAACGGGCAUAUCGAGCGCCGCAUCCCUUUUCGAAGGACCAUCCUUGACUUCGUAAUCUCUAUCGUAUGCCUCGGCGUUCCCUACCUCUUCGUGGAACGUUCGCGUUACCACCGGGGUGACCACGAAAGCGGAUCACGACCAAGCUCUGCUGGACCCAUGCUCGUUAUCGGAAGUUGUGCUUGUUUGAUCGCUGCCGUCAUCCUCAGCGCAUCGGUCACGCUCAUCUCACUGCCUGGGCUAGACGAUUUCGCUCGUCUCGCAGGAUUCAUGGCCAUCAUCCUUUCGGCCUCGAGUAUGUGCUCCUCCAUCGUGGCCCUCCUGCGUUACAACUCCGACAUCGGGCGCCACCACUCGACGUUCGUUGGAGAAGGCAUGAUCCUCGUCACGAGACGCAGCCUUUUGUUAUCCCUUCCCCUCGUGUUCCUCAUAUGGGCAAUCGUGGCAUUCAUCACCGGUAUCACUUUGUACGCUUUCCGAGGGAUGGACAUCACCAACGUCGGCACCGUGGCUCGUCAUUUCGAGCCUUAUACGCGUUGGGCGGUGCUCGGUGUGAUUGGAGGAUUCGUAUUCAUCACGACUGUAUUGUUGAUUCGUUGGUAA